GGCGGCGAUACGAGCUAUUGGCGGGGUGUGCGGUAUGUUCGGUGCAAUUUGUGGAUGUUAGGUGGUGGAGGCUGUGAGGUGACAUGGCUCUCCUGCGACUGAGAAACGCAAAGGGCCCGAAUGCAGCUGAGAUAGAGAGAAAAAUUAAAAGGGGUAACGCUCUGAGGCAGGGGUCAUCUUGGUGGGGGGCUCGUGGUCUGGUGGUCUUGCUGCUAGUCGCCUUGUGUGCGUGCGCUGCAGCCUUGUGGCUCUACGGGACCUCUGUGGACAGUGACAUCACAGAAACUCUGGCCAGCCAGAGGGAGCUGAUCUCUCCUCAGCCCAGAGUCUACAGCGUCCCGUGCUCUGAAGACUACAACAACUACAAACGCUAUCCAGGAUGCACUCCUCAGAAAUGUGGCCGAGCAGUCACAGAUAACGUGGUGACGAGGGAAGAGGCUCAGUUCCUCAGGAGGCUGGCUGAGAGGGGGCUGGCGCUGGCUGGCUCAGAGGGAGGAGCUUCCAUACUGGACUUGCACUCUGGAGCGCUGUCGAUGGGAAAACAGUUCGUCAACAUCUACAGGUAUUUUGGAGAUCAAAUCAGCACCGUGUUCACGCAGGACGAUUUCAAGCUUUACAG